AUGGUCAUGUUAUGGAUUAUAUUGCUUUUACUUCAUCAAGGAUAUACUCUAGUUCCAGUGAAAACUGUUCAGCUUGGUGAACCAGUGAACAUAACAUGUGCUUUGCCCAGUGGGGUCAGCAUUAAAGGAGUCCACUGGUACAAGCAGAGUGUUGGAGAUACUCUCAAAUUAAUAGUGUCACUGGUUAAAACUGCAACACCUCAGUAUGGUCAAGAAAUAUUUAAAUCAAGAUUUCAAGCAAAUUAUGAUAAGAAAUUUAGCAACCUGACCAUUUUGAAAGCAGUCCAAGACGAUGAGGGAAUCUAUCACUGUGGAAUGAUAGAAUGGAUUAAUCCUGAGUGGACUGGAACAUAUUUGUUAGUAAAAGGAAAUAAUCAGACAGCAUCAAAUUAUACUGUUGUUCAAUGGCCAACAGUGUUAAAUCCACUGCGUUCAGGAAAUUCAAUGACUCUCCAGUGUUCAGUUUAUUCUGACUCUGACCAGACGUGUCCCAGAGAUUAUAAUGUGUUCUGGUUCAGAGCUGGAUCAGAUCAAUUACACCCAAGCAUCAUCUACACUGAUGGAAACAGACACAGUGAAAGUGAGAUAAUAUCAGACUCACAGGAGAGGUGUCUUUAUCGCUUCUCUAAGAAUGUCAGCUCAUCUGAUGCUGGGACUUACUACUGUGCUGUGGCCACAUGUGGGGAGAUAUUAUUUGGAAAUGGAACUAAACUGGACAUUGAAGUGCAGCCAACACAAUCAGGAUUUAUUCAAAUGGCAAUAUUAAUAGUUUGCUUGGCCAUUUCUCUCUUUGGGAAUGUUGUCUUGAUUUGCAACCGAAGAGUAUGUAAACCAUUUCAAGGUUUCUCAAUGGAAGUGUCUAAUAGUGUGUGUGGGGAGCCACAGCCCUGUUCCCAAAGGCAUAAAGCAGGCAUGGAGGAGACCUGGGCCGCAGACAUUCAGAGGCCCCCCAGAGCACAAGAGCCUCAGGAGGACCACCACAGGGACAAUCACAGCAGAGGAGAGCCCCAGAAGGGGGGUCACCCACCAAACUUUUUGUUUGUAGAAGAGAAACUGAGUUUGAGCAUUUUAUGA